UCCACCCUCCACCCCCUCCUCCGCCGGGUGCGGCGGGCGAGGACAAGUCUAGGGACAUAAAUAAAUAAAUAAUUCCAUUCACCCGGGGACAGCGAAGCGGACCGGCUGCGGCUGCGGCGGCGGGGGCGGAACGGACUGCUGCAGCGCCCACCCCGUGCCAGACACCGGGUGAAAUAAUCCAGAGUCUGCUCUACCUCUCUCCCUUUGCAUUGCCUUCACAUAUCACUUCAAGGAACAGUGACUAGACUUAAAAUUCCACAGAUAAUCCAAAAAUAUCUAUUCAAGUUGGCAUCUAUCAACAGGUGACUUGAAUCUCGAAUAGAGGAGCAGAAAUGCCACCACCAGUCGGUCCCCCCCUAUACCCACCUCCUGAUGGAGGCUGGGGCUGGGUAGUGGUUGGAGCAUCUUUUAUCUCCAUUGGAUUUUCAUAUGCAUUCCCCAAAGCUGUCACAGUGUUCUUCAAAGAAAUUCAGCAAAUAUUCAACACUACUUACAGUGAAAUAGCCUGGAUAUCAUCCAUUAUGCUGGCUGUUAUGUACGCAGGAGGUCCCAUAAGUAGUGUUCUGGUGAAUAAAUAUGGUAGCCGACCGGUGGUGAUGGUAGGAGGUUUAUUAUGCUGUUUGGGAAUGGUCACAGCCUCUUUUAGUACCAGCGUAAUAGGGCUUUACCUCACUACUGGAUUCAUUUGUGGUUUAGGUCUAGCCUUCAACCUGCAACCCGCCCUAACAAUCAUUGGCAAAUACUUCUAUAAGAAACGGCCCAUGGCUAAUGGCCUCGCCAUGGCAGGAAGUCCUGUUUUCUUAAGCACGUUGGCUCCUUUCAAUCAGUACCUUUUCAAUACUUUUGGCUGGAAAGGAAGCUUCUUGAUUUUGGGGGGUAUACUGUUGAAUGCCUGUGUGGCUGGGUCCCUCAUGAGACCCGUUGAACCCAAACAAGUUGCCAAUCAGUCUAAAAAUAACAUUGGCAUAGGAGUGGAUGACUCAGGUGUGAGGAGCCACAGGAAGAAAUCAGCGUGGGAGAUAGUCAAUACGUAUUUAGAUUUCUCCCUUUUUAAGCAUAGGGGAUUUCUGAUAUAUUUAUCUGGAAAUGUCAUUAUGUUUCUAGGGUUUUUUGCCCCCAUUAUAUUCUUGGCUCCAUAUGCUAAAGACCAAGGAAUUGAUGAGUAUUCUGCCGCUUUCCUGCUGUCUAUUAUGGCUUUUGUUGAUAUGUUUGCUAGACCCGCUGGAGGACUUAUUGCAAACUCUAAACUUAUCCGCCCCCGAAUCCAGUAUUUCUUCAGUUUUGCAAUCAUGUUCACUGGAGUGUGCCAUCUCUUGUGCCCACUGGCAGAAGACUACACCAGUCUGGUGAUAUAUGCUAUAUUUUUUGGUCUUGGAUUUGGGAGUGUUAGCAGCGUCCUCUUUGAAACUCUCAUGGACCUGGUUGGCCCUCAAAGGUUUUCCAGCGCUGUAGGACUUGUCACAGUGGUGGAGUGUUGCCCCGUUCUCCUUGGUCCUCCUCUGGCUGGUAAAUUGGUGGAUCAAACUGGACAGUAUAAAUACAUGUAUAUAGCCUGUGGCGCUAUUGUGUUCCUCUCAAGUGUGUGGCUGCUCAUCGGCAAUGCUAUAAACUACAGAUUGCUUGCAAAGGAGAAGAAGGAAGAAGAAAGGAACAAGAAACUGCAUACACCUGAGUCCAGAGAGUCUGAACCCUUGAACAAACCUAAACACCAUGAUGUUGAUGUCAAAAGUACAAGAACAGAGAAUAAUUCCUCCGAGAGAGAAACUAAUAUUUAACAAGAAUCACAUCUCUGAUUUCAGUGUUUAUGACUUUCUUAGGAGUAUUUUUUUUUUUUCAAAAAUUGGGAAAGUUUUUACUUGAAAUGAGGAGUCAUAAUGAAGGAUGGAGAUGAGAUUUUCCUCGAUGGCAGGUUUUUAUAGGUUUGUUUUUUAACACUUGUUUGGAUAGUUCAAUUUUGAGAUUAUGCCUAGAAGGAAUCCAUGCAGUGGGUUUAUUUCCAUACAUGACUCUGGUUGUCAUGGUAAAAAUCAUUUUAAAGUCUUCCAGUGACUUCCAGUCUUGGUUAUAAAGAUCUGAAUCCCAAAACCCUGGUUUAAGUACUUAGAAGGCGUGUGUUUAAUCUAAUAAGAAUACCCUGUCCAAAUUUAAUUUUUUAGUGUUGAAUGGAAUUGAAGGAAAAUGAAUAUUCUUCUAGUGUGCAUGUGCACACACACACACACACACACUGACCUAUAUGUACACAUGUGCAGAGUAUCCAACGAACAAGACAAGUAGGUUCAAAAAGAAUAUUAUCACUUUUUUUAACUUUAAAAAUAAAUCUACUGAGGAUGAAGAAACCUGUUAUAUCUGCACACUACUUUACAAUGUGAAUUUUAAAGAUAAGAACAUCAGUGAAAAUGAGAACGAUCUUAAUUUGAAAAUGCAACUAACUGCGUGAAAAAAAUUUGCAUGUAUAAAAUAAAUUUGAAAAAAAAAAGUCCAUUUUAAACCAUUAUUUCUGAGCACUGUUAGAUUUGAUUAAUCCAUGCACGUGAUUUCUUUGAGGAUGGUCAUUAGUACCUGGUGCUAGAGAAUAGAACUCUCAAAUAAUUUUCAGAAUUCUUACUUCAUACGUAAAUCAAAUUAAAAGCCUAAGUGACUGCUCGCAAUGAGCUACGUUCAUUGAUUUUAAAAGGAUUUAGUUACAAAUCCAGAAAGUAAUAACCAGGGAUUUUUUUAAAAUCAGAACUCAGUCUACACUCAUUGUCAGACUGAGACUUCAAAAUGGAAUAUACCAGAAUCCUGGUCAACAGGCUGACAAAUAGGCCAAAUUCUAAUUUUUCCCAACACGUAACCGUGAUCAGAGGAUUACGGUUAGGAAUGAUCUGAGUAAAGCUGACUGAGAGUGAGGUGCUUAUAUACUGAGGCCUCCCAGUUCUGUCAUUUCUCACCCCUCCCUAAAAUGCAAAAGCAAAACACCCAGAAACCGAAACAGGCCUUUCACUCCGCCACUGAAAUUCCUCAGGCUGUAAGGAAUGGCCUCACUUCAAAAUCCCACCCCCUCCUGAUGAGACUUCUUACCGCCUGGAAAUAUAACUGGGAGACUGUGAGAAAAGGUUUCUAGAACUGGAGGCCGCUCGUGACUCCGUAUACACACUUGUGAAGUUUAUCACAGGAUAGCAAGAGGCCUGCAACAUUGCCCGUUGCCGGCUGGUGUAAUUUAGCAGUUUCUCAUUUUCAUAACGAUGUUAAAAUUUCUGAGAAUCUGAAUCACCCUUGAAUGUUCAGGCGUAUGAUAGUUACUGUGCACUGAGAACUAUAAAUACCAUUGAGAGUAAUACAGUACUUUUAAACAAGGAAGAAUUUGUGCCUUAGGGCUAAAGUCAUUAAGUAUUUACAUCAGUAAAUCUGAAGUUUAAGUUAAGAGUAUGAUUAAUGAAAAACAUUUAGUGCUUGAUUAUUGAAGUGAUGUUACUCUUAAGAUGUCAAAAGGAAUUUGCUUUUCAUUUUUUUUUUUUUAAAUUGCAGUGGAGGCAGAUGGUAUCUUAUUUCCUGUAAGAUUACACCUGGACACCAAGCUUUUGUGAUAAUUAACAUUAAGGAUUUGAUUUGUAAAAUUUAUGCACUGGCUAAGCAUGUGGCUCAUAUUUAGGAAGCUAUAUAAAGUCCUAUAUUUCAUUUAGCAUUCAUUUUGUUUGCAGAUGAAGAGGAAUUUGUAUUUUUUUAAAUAUUAAAUAAAGCAACUUGUGCCAAUACCAUAGGUAAAUAAAUCAGGCAAAAUGGG